AUGGCUAGGCUUCUAGUUCAUUCUGCUAAUGUUCCUGCUGCUGCUUCUCGUCUAAGGCAUCGUCAAUAUGAAGAAUCUAAAAAAUCAAGAGCUUCCUCUGUCAAAAUGAUGUGUAGCUUACCAUCACGGGGUUUGGUAAUUAAUGGGUACUCAGGAUUGCGAAGUGCAAACUGUUUAGAUACAUUAUUGUGCCAUGGACAGUCUUUCCAUUCUAAGGUUGCAAUUAAAAUCUCUCCUGGGCAGCGAAAGGCUAAGCGAUUUGGACCUAGAGCUAUGUUUGAACGUUUUACAGAAAAAGCAAUCAAAGUAAUUAUGCUUGCCCAAGAGGAAGCGAGACGGCUUGGUCAUAAUUUUGUUGGAACAGAACAAAUCCUGUUGGGUCUUAUUGGUGAAGGAACUGGAAUUGCUGCAAAGGUUCUCAAAUCUAUGGGAAUCAAUCUUAAGGAUGCACGUGUAGAAGUGGAGAAGAUUAUUGGGAGGGGCAGUGGAUUUGUUGCUGUGGAAAUUCCAUUCACUCCUCGUGCCAAGCGUGUUUUGGAACUAUCAUUGGAGGAAGCCCGCCAACUUGGUCAUAACUAUAUUGGAUCUGAGCACUUGCUUCUCGGGUUACUUCGUGAAGGUGAAGGUGUAGCGGCCCGUGUUCUUGAGAAUUUAGGUGCUGAUCCUAGUAACAUCCGAACACAGGUCAUUCGUAUGGUGGGUGAGAGCACAGAAAACCUGGCUGGUUCCACUGUUGGACCUGGAAGCAGUAACAACAAGAUGCCUACACUUGAGGAAUAUGGAACUAAUUUGACUAAGCUAGCAGAGGAGGGUAAAUUGGAUCCUGUUGUUGGAAGACAGCCACAAAUAGAACGUGUCAUCCAAAUCCUGGGCCGAAGAACUAAGAAUAACCCUUGUCUUAUUGGAGAACCAGGAGUUGGGAAAACAGCAAUUGCUGAAGGUCUUGCUCAGAGAAUAGCGACUGGUGAUGUUCCUGAGACAAUUGAGCGAAAGAAGGUUAUCACCCUUGAUAUGGGCCUUCUUGUUGCUGGAACUAAAUACCGUGGAGAGUUUGAGGAAAGAUUAAAGAAGCUAAUGGAGGAAAUCAAACAGAGUGAUGAAAUAAUUCUCUUUAUUGAUGAGGUGCAUACCCUGAUAGGGGCAGGAGCAGCAGAAGGGGCUAUUGAUGCUGCUAAUAUCUUGAAACCAGCUCUUGCGAGAGGUGAAUUGCAGUGUAUUGGAGCUACAACCCUAGAUGAAUACAGAAAGCACGUUGAGAAGGACCCUGCUUUAGAAAGACGUUUCCAGCCAGUUAAAGUACCCGAGCCAUCAGUAGAGGAAACGAUUCAGAUUUUGAAAGGACUUCGUGAGCGAUAUGAGAUCCACCACAAGCUUCGUUACACAGAUGAGGCCUUAGUAGCUGCUGCUCAGUUGUCAUACCAGUACAUCAGUGAUCGUUUUCUGCCAGACAAGGCAAUUGAUUUGAUCGAUGAAGCUGGUUCUCGGGUCCGGCUUCGUCAUGCACAGGUCCCUGAGGAAGCAAGAGAGCUUGAGAAAGAGGUCAGGCAAAUCACAAAGGAAAAGGAUGAAGCUGUCCGCGGCCAAGACUUUGAAAAGGCUGGGGAACUGCGAGACAGAGAAAUGGACCUCAGAGCCCAGAUUGCAGCUAUUGUUGAGAAAGGCAAAGAGAUGAGCAAAGCUGAGACUGAGGCAGGGGAUGUAGGUCCCAUUGUCAAUGAAUCAGACAUUCAGCACAUCGUCUCUGCUUGGACUGGCAUUCCCGUAGAGAAAGUAUCCACAGAUGAAUCUGAUCGUCUCCUCAAGAUGGAAGACACCCUUCACAAGCGAGUCAUUGGUCAGGAUGAAGCUGUCAAGGCAAUCAGUCGUGCCAUCCGCCGAGCUCGUGUUGGACUUAAGAAUCCCAAUCGACCAAUUGCUAGCUUCAUCUUUUCUGGUCCAACUGGUGUUGGGAAGUCGGAACUGGCAAAAGCACUAGCUGCCUACUACUUUGGCUCCGAAGAAGCCAUGAUCCGACUUGACAUGAGUGAGUACAUGGAAAGACAUACUGUUGCCAAGCUAAUUGGUUCACCUCCUGGCUAUGUUGGUUACACCGAGGGUGGCCAGUUGACAGAGGCUGUUCGGCGUCGUCCUUACACUGUGGUCCUCUAUGAUGAGAUUGAGAAGGCCCAUCCUGAUGUCUUCAACAUUAUGCUUCAAAUUCUCGAAGAUGGAAGGUUGACAGACAGCAAGGGCAGGACUGUGGACUUCAAAAAUACCCUCCUGAUAAUGACUUCAAAUGUUGGUAGCAGUGUUAUUGAGAAGGGAGGACGCAAGAUGGGAUUUAACCUUGAUUAUGAUGAUAAGGACAGCAGUUACAACCGGAUUAAGAGCCUGGUGACAGAGGAGUUAAAGCAGUAUUUUAGGCCGGAAUUCUUAAAUAGAUUGGAUGAGAUGAUUGUUUUCCGUCAACUAUCCAAGCUGGAGGUCAAGGAUAUUGCCGAUAUAAUGUUGAAGGAGGUCUUCGAGAGGUUGAAGGCCAAGGAAAUAGAGCUUCAAGUGACGGAGAGAUUUAGGGAUAGGGUGGUUGAAGAAGGGUAUAACCCAUCCUAUGGUGCAAGGCCUUUGCGAAGAGCUAUAAUGAGGCUCCUCGAGGAUAGCAUGGCUGAGAAAAUGCUUUCAGGAGAAAUCAAAGAAGGUGAUUCUGUUAUUAUAGAUGUCGAUUCUGAUGGGAAUGUUGCUGUGCUCAAUGGCCAAAGUGGUGGUGCUCCUGAUGCCUUGCCAGAUGUGUUGAACGUUGCGUAG